AUCUCAGGACCCUGAGAUUAUGACCUGAGCCCAAACCAAGAGUCAGAAGCUCCACCAACUGAGACACCCAAGCACUCCUGCUAUUGUAAUCUCCAUGUACCUCUGAUCCCUUUUUCUCUGUACCUAGCUGAGAUCACAUAUGCACUGAUUUUAAAACACAGUUGAUCUAGCUUCCUGGAAAUUUAAAACUUACCCACGACUGAGCAGGAGCUCUGCAAGCACACUGAGGACAUUCACCUGCCAGAGCCAGUCAGUCAUCUUCAGGCAAAGGGAGUCCUCUGGACCUGAAGCCGGAACGCCCGGCUCCUCGGCCUGAAUUCCUGCAAUGCUGACUGGUCCAGGAGUGCCAACAACCCUGUCAUUCUUCAAGUCUUGAUCAAACUCCUCCUCCCGGCUGGGCACCCUGAGAACAAUGGGGAUGCAGGCCUUGUCCUUCAGGAGCUCAAGAUGGUGGGAGAGACCAACACCAUCACCACUGGCCCUCACGCCCACUGUGCCAAGCACACAUAGCUGAUGGCGAUCAUAACCCAGAUGAGGGAGGGCAAAGACGAGUGUGAGCUGGGGCAGCUAGAAAAGGCUUUCUACUCCUUCAUCUUCAAGAUAAUGGAGACAAAUGGGAAAGGCCUUCCAGGGAGUGGUGAUGAGGACCAGCACCCCAGAGUAACUGGAAAACGUCGGCAGAGCCAGGGGGCUGGGCACCCCCCCAGGAACAGCUCACCUGGUGCUGAGGAUGAGGAACCUGACCUUUUGAAGGAUGAGCUUCAGCUCUAUGAAGGUGCCUCCAGAGAGGUGGUGCCCUCAGGAGAAUCAGGACUCCGAAGGAGAGGCUCUGACCCAGCAAGUGGAGAAGUGGAGGCCUCUCAGUUAAGAAGACUGAAUAUAAAGAAAGAUGAUGAGUUUUUCCAUUUUGUCCUGCUCUGCUUUGCCAUUGGAACCUUGCUGGUGUGCUAUCACUACUAUGCAGACUGGUUCAUGUCCCUUGGGGUCGGCCUACUCACCUUCGCCUCCCUGGAGACCGUUGGCAUCUACUUUGGGCUGGUGUACCGGAUCCACAGCGUCCUGCAUGGCUUCAUCCCUCUCUUCCAGAAGCUUAGGCUGAUGGGGUUCAGGAAGAACGACUGAGGCCGGUACUGAGCCAGCAGCCAGGCUGAGCCCCACCACGACGGCCACUGCGUCUCCCGAGUGCACAAGGACAGAGCCACGUUCUGGGAGACACUCGGGCGGGCCAGGCUAGAGCAAUAAAGAGAGCACUUUCCCUUCCAUGUA